GGCGGCCUGAACUCACCUAGCACCGCCGCGGCUUACGGGCCUGGCCAGGUUCCGGUUCUACGAGUGAACCAUUGCUAUCCUGGACUGGGCACUGACCUCUGGUGUCUACUCCAGCGGGUGUAUGCUUUGGCUCCAUGGCCAGCUACUGGCUCUUACAGACCGGAUGAAGCAGACCGGAGGCACAAGCGGAGAAAGCCUCCAGCUGGCACAAUCCCAGAGUGUGGCCCUCUGGCUGCUGGCUCUGUCCAGCCUGCCUCAUGGAGAGGAUGAAUUGGCUGAGCAGACUGGCCUCCCGGGGCCCUGGGCACCGUGUACCUCAGGGGACCAGUCAGCAGACCCCUGUCAUGGCUGAUCCUGAGACCUGCCUCAUGGUCUUCAAGAAUCAUUGGUCCCAGGUGGUGCGAAUCCUGGAGCGGCGGAGUCCUGGGGCAGCAGCUCCUGGGGGUGCAGAUGAUCUCAGUGCUGUUCGAAAUCACACUUACCAGAUGAUGACCCUGUUGGUAGAGGAUCGUGCAGUCCCCUCAGCCCCCACAGCCCCCGGGCCCCUGCUGGAGUUUGCUCUGCGUGAGGAUCUGCUGACCCGAGUAUUGGCAUGGCAGCUGCAAUGGGAUGAGUUUGGAGAUGGGGUCGAGGAACGGCGGGCUGAACAACUGAAACUGUUUGAGAUGCUAGUGAGCGAAGCUCGCCAGCCCCUGUUGCGGCACGGUCCAGUUCGAGAGGCUCUGCUGGUCCUGUUGGAUGCCUGCGGUCACCCUGUGCCCAGUAGCCCAGCACUGGAUGAAAGCUUGGUGCUACUUCUCAGCCAGCUAUGUGUGUGUGUGGCCCGGGAGCCGUCAUUGCUUGAGUUCUUCCUGCAGUCACCUCCUGAACCUGGAGCUGCCCCCCGCCUUCUUCUCUUUUCUCGCCUUGUCCCCUUCGUCCAUCGAGAGGGCACUCUGGGCCAACAGGCUCGUGAUGCCCUACUCCUGCUCAUGGCUCUCUCAGCUGGGAGCCCCACUGUGGGCAGCUACAUCGCGGACCACUCUUACUUCUGCCCGGUGCUGGCUACAGGACUGAGUGCCCUGUACUCCUCACUGCCCCGCAAGAUCGAGGUUCCAGGGGACGACUGGCACUGUCUGCGACGAGAGGACUGGUUGGGAGUGCCGGCUCUUGCACUCUUCAUGAGCUCCCUAGAAUUCUGCAAUGCAGUCAUUCAGGUGGCUCACCCCCUGGUGCAGAAGCAGCUGGUUGAUUAUAUCCAUAAUGGGUUCCUGGUGCCUGUCAUGGGCCCUGCACUGCACAAGACCUCUGUGGAGGAGAUGAUCGCCAGUACCGCCUACCUGGAACUUUUCCUACGGAGCAUCUCAGAGCCUGCCUUGCUCCGUACCUUCCUGCGAUUCCUGCUAUUACACCGGCAUGACACCCACACCAUCCUUGACACCCUUGUUGCCCGUAUUGGCAGCAACUCCCGGCUCUGCAUGGUCUCUCUGAGUCUCUUCAGGACCCUACUGAACCUCAGCUGUGAGGAUGUCCUGCUGCAGCUGGUUCUCAGGUAUCUUGUCCCGUGUAAUCACGUGAUGUUGAGCCAGAAGCCAGCUGUGCGUGAUGUGGACCUAUAUGGACGAGCAGCUGACAAGUUUCUCUCCCUAAUCCCACGCUGUUGCCGCCACUGUGCCCCUAGCCCACCUCGUCCAGAGCAUGCCUCGUGGGCAAGAGGUCCUGGAAGUCCAAGUGUUGAUUCCUCUUCUGUGGUGACAGUGCCCCGGCCCUCUACACCAUCUCGUUUAGCUCUCUUCUUGCGGCAGCAGAGCCUAGGUGGCUCUGAACCCCCAGGUCCAGCCCCUCACUCCCCAGGGCUUGCUGCCUCCCCAGCCUCCAGCCCUGGCCGACGGCCCAGCCCUGCAGAGGAGCCUGGUGAGCUGGAAGACAAUUACCUGGAGUACCUGCGUGAGGCACGUCGUGGUGUAGACUGCUGUGUUCGAGCCUGCCGCACCUGGUCUGCCCCCUAUGAUGGCGAGAGGCCCCCUCCUGAACCCAGUCCUGUUGGCUCCCGGACUAAGAAACGCAGCCUACUGCCCGAGGAGGACAGGGACAAUAUGGGAGAAGGGGAGGAGGAAGAGCUGGGGAGUGGGGGGCUAGGUGGGGGUGCAGGGGAGGGUCCUGGCCACUGUCUCCCUCCCCAGCUCAAUGGGAUACCAGGACCAUGGCCAGAGGGGCCCAAGAAGGUUCGUCGGGUGCCAGAGCAGGGAGCUGGGGAACUGCUAGAGGGCUCCUCUGAGGGCAUGGCAGCACUGGAAGGCUUUGGGCAGGAGCUCCGGGAACUGGAGGUGGCGUUGAGCAAUGGAGGGGCUGGCUCAGAGCCGCUCCUAGAGCCUCCGCUACCUCUUGAGGAGGAGGAGGCCUAUGAGAGCUUCAGCUGUCCCCCUGAGCCCCCUGGCCCCUUCCUCAGCAGCCCUUUGCGGACUCUCAACCAGCUGCCAAGCCAGCCUUUUACUGGCCCCUUCAUGGCUGUGCUCUUUGCCAAACUCGAGAACAUGCUGCAGAACUCCGUCUAUGUCAACUUCCUGCUGACGGGGCUGGUGGCCCAGCUGGCCUGUCACCCCCAGCCCUUGCUCCGCUCUUUCCUGCUCAACACCAACAUGGUCUUCCAGCCCAGUGUCAAGUCCCUGCUGCAGGUGCUGGGCUCUGUGAAGAAUAAGAUUGAGAGCUUUGCGGCCUCCCAGGAGGACUUCCCAGCACUGCUUUCCAAAGCCAAGAAGUACCUCAUUGCCCGCGGCAAGUUGGACUGGAUCGAGGGCCCUGCAGCAGGAUCUGCCCCCCGCCGCUCCGAUCCCCUAGUGAAAAGCCGAAGGCCAUCCUUGGGGGAGCUGCUUCUGCGGCACACACACAGUCCAACCAGGGCCCGCCAGGCCGCACAGUUGAUCCUUCAGCCUGGGCGAGAUGGAGCAGGACUUGGCCUAGGUGGGGGCUCUCCUGGGACUUCCACUCCAGUUCUACUCCCUCGGGGCGGGGCCCCUGAGCGCCAAGGCGAGGCUCUACGUGUCAAGAAUGCCGUCUACUGCGCGGUCAUUUUCCCCGAGUUUCUCAAGGAGUUGGCUGCCAUUUCCCAGGCCCAUGCAGUCACCUCGCCUUUCUUGUUGGGGACUUCAGAGGAGGGGUCUGGCCCUCCCGCCUCAGGCGCUGGGCCACUCCAUCCUUAACGCUCUUCCACGGACAAUCAGGGCCGUGGGUGGCCUAGGUUGGGGCCAAGGUGCAGGCUCCUUUUUAUGUUUGGAGGCAGUGGCAAGAAGACUUUUUAAUUUAUUUCAGAAGAAUCGUUUUAUGGAGAACUUACUGCGAUAUGUAUAAAAGGGAAAUCUAG